AGCUGUCAGCCUAGUCUUCUCUUCGCCGGACUGCGGGCUGAGAUAAAUCGCAGACGGCGAAGGCGGAGAAAUCGAGAGCGAGGAGGCCUCUGCUGAUUGUUGGCUAAUUUUGGGAGUUUUGGGGGGAUUUUUGAAGGAGUGGGAUGGUUGGGCCGAAGGUGCGCAGCAGUGGAGGCGGAUGGCUUAUAGACUACGGAGGUAUUGUCGAGGACGUCCGUGAGCCUGGUUUCGUCUGGGGCGCUCGGAUCAUCGAUGAUUCCUCUGCUUCGAGUUCAAUGAUUGAUUUUGAUGCGAUGCUCGAGGAGGACAAAAGCUCAAACAUUGGUUCCCUUAAGAAACGAAACCAUAAGGAGUCAUGUGCUGCACCAGGAUCAAAAGCUCGCCGUGAGAAAAUACGAAGAGAUAAACUUAAUGAUAGGUUCACAGAGUUGUGCUCUAUCAUGAAUCCAGGAAAGCCUCCUAUAACAGAUAAAUUUGUCAUUUUGAGUGAUGCUGCUCAUUUUAUAAAACAAUUACGUCAUGAAGCAAAGAGGCUUAAGGAGUCAAAUGAAGCACUCCAGAAUUCUAUAAAAAGUGUUAAGGGCGAGAAAUUAGAACUUCGGAAUGAGAAAAUGAGGCUGAAGUCUGAGAAGGAGCGUAUCGAACAGAUGCUUAAAGGCAGUAGCACCACAACCCAGUUCUUCACUAAACCUGCUGCCACGACACUUCAACCAGCUUCGCCCCCAGCUUUAAGCAAAACAAUCCCAUACCCAAACCAUAUACCGACGGGAAUGUGGCAAUGGAUACCCACUGCAGCCAUGGAUACUUCUCUAGAUCAUGUGCUAAGGCCACCUGCUGCAUAGUCAUUUCCUCCAACAAUGUUGCAUUCUCUAAUUUUCUCAUAUCGCUUGUGUCAUUCGAUAACAUCUACUUGUUUAAAGCUGUUAGCACCUCCCUCCAUAUCCGUGGGACCGGCUCUAGGGGGGCCGUUGAUGUGGCGGUUCCACAUUUUUUUUUUUGUUUAAAGCUGUUAGCAAUUACCUGUUCUGCGAGAAUUUUGAUUGUGACCUUGUUAUGUUGUAGCAAAGAAUGUUUAUCAGGGUUGAGAAUUCCAGCCUUGUUUUUUGAAUUUUAAGAUAACACGCCAUCAUUUUGUUCCA